UCGACUGGUGCCGCCCAGGGCGGGUCACACCAUAGGACCACCAGACUCACGAGACUAUGGAACAUGUAGAGCCAUUAUCGCUCGUCCGCCUUUCGAAAGAACUGUUGGGGUUCGUAUCACGCGACAGAGGCUCCUGAUAACGCCCAGAACACCAUGCCUCCGCUAGACGGCUUCUCAAACAACCCGUUCAAAACCCACGCCGACUUUAAAACCGCAUCAAUAGCACUCCUUCGCGCAUUGAAGCCAUACCAAUCACCCCAUGGCGCAAGAAUCAAACUCCCGUUAUCAACCGGUACCCAUUUCGACGAUGUCGCCGCCCAGCUUGAGGGAUACGCUCGGCCGCUCUGGGCAGUCGGCGCGCUGAUGCACUCGAAUGUCGUAUCCAAAGACGAGUACGAAGAGCUCAUCAAACCUUACGCAAUAGGCCUGGCUAACGGUACCAAUCCACAUCACGAAGAGUACUGGGGCCCAGUCGUACUACGCGAUCAAAGAAUGGUGGAAAUGGAGAUUAUUUCGUUCGCCCUACUAUCAGCUCCAGAUACCAUGUUUCAUUCGCAGACCGAAGAAGCGAAGAGGAAUAUUACGCAGUGGCUAGGAACUAUCAACGGAAAAGACUUCCCCACGACGAAUUGGCUCUGGUUCCGCGUUAUGACUAACCUAGCGUUGAUCAAAGUAUGUGGUGUGCCCAAAGAAAAUGUACUAGAUGCGAUGAAAGCGGAUUUGGAUCUUAUGGAGCAGUUUUACCGAGGAUGUGGCUGGGCAGCAGAUGGUAUCUGGAGCAAUGAGGGACGACAAGCAGAUUACUAUUCCGGCAGCUUUGCAAUUCAAUUUUCGCAGCUCAUAUAUGCGAAGAUGGCACAGGAUUUGGAUCCAGAGCGGUGCGAGAGGUUCCGGGGUAGAGCGAAGGCAUUUGCAGUGUCUUUCUGGCGGUACUUUGACACGAAUGGUGCCGCUAUACCCUUUGGGCGCAGUCUGACAUACCGUUUCGCCUUCACUGGAUUCUGGUCCGCCGUUGCUUUCGCGGAGGUCGAGCUCCCGGAACUACUCAACGACUGGGGUGUGAUCAAAGGUCUUUUACUUCGGCAUUUCCGCUGGUGGAGCAGUAAACACGACAUGUUCAACAUCGACGGCACGUUGACGAUCGGCUUCUCUUAUCCCAACAUGUACAUGAGCGAAGACUACAACAGCCCGCAGUCUCCUUACUGGGCCAUGAAAUCUUUCCUAGCGCUAGGACUGCGGGAAGACCACCCGUUUUGGACUGCGGAGGAAAAGCCUUUACCUAGCACGGAAGUGGCAGUGGCGCCAGUCAAACCGGCUAUGCAUAUCCUCUGCAACCAGCGAAACCACCAUUUCCUCCUCUCCAUGGGCCAGUUCUGUCCUUGGCCACUCAAAGCCACAGAAGCCAAGUAUGGAAAAUACGCUUAUUCAUCGCACUUUGGUUUCAGUGUGCCUACUGGCACUUUAACACAGCAAAUCGCACCAGACAGUACACUCGCAGUGAGUAAAGACUGCGGCGAGACAUGGCGGGUACCAUGGAAGGUUACGAACCAUCGUUUUGCUACUGCACAACUGAUGCGCAGUGACGAGUUUGUAGAGGAUGUACCUUGUUUGACGAGCACAUGGAAGCCCUGGGCCGACGCCGAUAUCACGGUGCAAACAUACAUCGUCGCUCCUUGCUCGCGCUGGCCAGAUUGGUACCUCCGCUGGCACCGCUUCAUCAACAAUGGGUCCAGUACAGUCAAUAUCCAGGCCGUUCAAGGUGGCUUUGCGAUUCAAGGUCGCGGCGAUAAGCUCGGGGAAACCUUACCAACACACGCACAUAGCUCUGAAAUGCCCCACGAAGCAAGCCGAAACAACGCAUCUUUCCCCCAAGGCACAGUAACGACUAAGAACUCAACACUCAUCUGCUCAAACGCCGGCGCCAGCGGCAUCGCUGCCCUCAAUGCACACAGCACCGACCAUUCAACAGAAGGAUCGUAUGCGGAAGUCCUGAAACCAGACGCGAAUACGAAUUUGAUGUGGCAGCGCACACUCAUUCCCACUAUUAGGAACGAAUUAGGUAUACCGCCAAGUGCGACAGGGCAGUCGUCUUUUGAGUUUGGCUGCGCAGUGUUUGCUCUGGCUAGGACGAGUGAUAGAGAGGAGCGGUACGCGGGGUUGGAGUAUGGUGAGUUGUGGGGUGAUGUACCUGUGUUGGAUACCGGGAAAGGGAAGGAGAGGGACGGGGAAUGGUAUAUUAAGCUUGAAUAGAUAUGCGACAGGCUAACAAAGGAAUGUGAUAUCAUCCAUGAUCAGCUAGCUCAGCAGCACAUAGAAAGGCUGUGUAAUUGUAACAUAAUUUGAAUCAUGAACUUGGGUGAAGAUUAUGAGGAACGGAAGUAUUAAAGCGCAAAACACCACCAUGCCUGUGUUCGAGCAGCACACAAAAACAUAUCUCAACACAGUACACGUUCAUACCACACAACCAUCAUUUGAAAACAUAUUCUAGUAUUCAACCUAGCAAAAAAAGACCCGCAAG